AUGGAUCUGUGUGUGACCAUCAAAGGGGUCUCCUUCCUCUUGCAAACAGGUAUGGGCAUCUUGGGGAACACUGUGGUGCUGAUGGCGUAUGUCCACAUCAUUUACACAGAACCCAAGAUCCUUCCUGUGGACAUGAUCCUGUGCCACCUGGCCUUCGCCAACCUGAUGCUGCUGCUGACCCGCUGCGUCCCCCAGACCAUGACAGUGUUUGGACUGAAGGACCUGCUAAAUGAUCCAGGCUGCAAGGUGGUGAUUUAUGCCUACCGUAUUGGCCGGGCUUUGUCAGUCUGCAUCACCUGUAUGCUCAGUGUGUUUCAGGCAGUGACCAUCGCCCCUGCUGGGCCCCGUUUGUCCAGGUUGAAACCUGCACUUCCCUCCUUGGUUUUCCCCACCUUUGCAGGACUAUGGCUCCUCAACAUGGCCAUCUGUAUCGCAGCCCCUUUUUUCUCUAUGGCACCACGUAAUGGCACCGUGCCUGCCUUUACCCUCAACCUGGGCUUCUGUCACGUAGACUUCAGAGACAAUCUGUCCUACGUUAUAAAUGGGGUGGCUGUCUCUGGAAGGGAUUUUGCCUUUGUUGCCCUGAUGGUGGGCUCCAGUGGUUACAUCCUGUUGCUUCUCCACCGCCACAGCCGCCAGGUGAGAAGCAUCCGCCGCUCUCAGGGUGGUGGGGCAGAGACCAGGGCAGCCAAAACUGUAGUCACCCUGGUUAUUCUGUAUGUGGUCUUCUUUGGGAUUGACAAUGUGAUCUGGAUCUACAUGCUCACGGUGGCUAAGGUGUCACCAGUGGUGGCUGAUAUGAGAGUGUUCUUCUCCUCCUGCUAUGCCUCUCUCAGCCCGUACUUUAUCAUUUCUUCCAACAAGAAGGUCAAGGCAAAGAUCGCGUGUGCAUCUGAGCAAGACCAACCAUCAGCGGACAUGCAGGAGUCGAAUGACAAAUGA